AUGGACGUCACACCCGCCGCGAGCAUCGGUGGCCGAGGCCAGCCGCUAGUGGCUAUUGACCCUGUCCUAGUCUCUGGCAGGCAAUGCUGCGAUAUUCAACUACGUUCGACUGUACACUGGGCUUGUGGUGGCGAGGCCACACGCUAUCCUACCUCAGCGUUCAAUUCCUACAAAAUGUAG